GUAAUUGAGGAAGCCGGAUUGGUCUGGAAGUGGAUGUUGUGGGCAAUGGCGACGGUGGCGAUGAAGGGGAAAGUUUGUGUUACAGGGGCUGGAGGGUUUAUUGGUUCGUGGGUCGUCAAGCUUCUGCUAUCCAGGGAUUAUAUUGUCCAUGGAACUGUCAGGGAGCCCAGCGACGCUAAGUAUGAUCACUUGAGAAAAGUUGUGAAAGGGACCGAGAAUUUGGAACUGUUUAAGGCAGAUUUACUGGACUACGAGUCUCUGCGUUCUGCGAUUGUAGGAUGCGACGGAGUUUUCCAUGUUGCCAGUCCAGUUCCUUCCACAACUUCAUCAAACCCCGAGACAGAAGUGAUUGAACCUGCUGUAAAGGGCACACAUAAUGUGCUUGAAGCUUGUGUCGAAGCAAAAGUUAAGCGAGUAGUGGUAGUAUCCUCAGUCGCUGCAGUGUUUUUCAACCCCAGUUGGCCUCAAGGUCGAGUAAUGGAUGAAAGUUGUUGGUCUGAUACGGAGCACUGUGGAGCUACUAAGAACUGGUAUUUUCUGGCAAAAACAAAAGCUGAAAGUGAAGCCUUGGAGUUUGGGAGAAAACGUGGGCUUGAUGUUGUGACUAUUUGUCCUAGCCUCGUCAUUGGGCCGAUUCUGCAGCCAACAGUCAAUGCCAGCAGCUUGGUUCUUCUCAACAUUCUGAAAGAAGGAUGCGAGUCUAUGGAAAACAGGCCACGGAUGUUAGUAGAUGUACGAGACGUAGCAGAGGCGCUAGUUCUUUUAUACGAGAAGGGGGAGGCAGAAGGAAGGUACAUCUGUACCGCACAUACAAUUGAGACAAGAGAGCUGGUGGAUGCAUUGAAGAGGAAGUACCCUGAUUAUAGCUAUCCAAAGAAGUUGAGUGAAUGGAAGGCAGAGUCGAUAAGUCUGAGCUCGGAGAAGCUGCAAAGAUUGGGUUGGAAGUAUCGGGCAUUGGAGGAGACGCUUGUGGAUGCUGUCCAGAGUUUCAAAGACGGCGGCAUGUUGGAGUGAAAUCGUCAAUUUCUCUCUUUCGGCCUCGUCGCUCAUGGCUGCGCUAUUUAUUGUUUAUUACCAUCUUUGUCUCUGUUUUUACUUUGUUGUUGCUUGUUACUGAACUGAAACACCCGAAACCUAAAAUACGAGCUGUGUAUUCGAUGUUCUUAGUAUUCAGCUGUUUAUAAACCAACGAUUUAGCCGUGUGUCAAAGCUUU